AUGAAUAGUUUUGUUGUUGUUGAUGAUCAUGUCAAGUACAAAGAAGAUGAAGAACAACAAGAAUUGGAAUUGGAACAAGAACAACAAAAUGGUGUUCAUGAACAUGGUGUUCAUGUAGAGGAGAAUAGUGAGAUUCUUAAGAGGAGAAUCUCUAAUCAUCCACUUUAUGAGUUUCUUGUUGAAGCACACUUGGAUUGUUUGAAGGUUGGUGACAUUUCUAACUUGGAGAUAGAGAAAAAAGACAAGAAGAAAACAAUGAAGAAACAAAACUUGGAUAUGUUAAGCCAAUCUGAACUUGAUCUCUUCAUGGAAGCAUAUUGUUUGGCACUUAAUAAGCUAAAAGAAGCAAUGGAAGAACCACAACAGAAUUCAAUGGCUUUCAUAAACAACAUGCAUUCACAACUUAGGGAGCUAACUCAAGCAACCACACCUGCACCUACUGAAUCACCUGGUACUACAUCUUCAAGUGAAUGCACAUUCAGAAGAAACCCAACAAUUUAA